AUGCCAAGAGCCUCCACCUCCCAUCUUCCAGCCUCCAUCUUCCACCUUCCAGCCUCCACCUCCCAGCCUCCACCUUCCAGCCUCCACCUCCCAUCUUCCAGCCUCCACCUCCCAUCUUCCAGCCUCCAUCUUCCACCUUCCACCUUCCAGCCUCCACCUUCCAUCUUCCAGCCUCCACCUUCCAUCUUCCAGCCUCCACCUUCCAUCUUCCAGCCUCCACCUCCCAUCUUCCAGCCUCCACCUCCCAUCUUCCAGCCUCCAUCUUCCACCUUCCACCUUCCAGCCUCCACCUUCCAUCUUCCAGCCUCCACCUUCCAUCUUCCAGCCUCCACCUUCCAUCUUCCAGCCUCCAUCUUCCAUCUUCCAGCCUCCACCUCCCAUCUUCCAGCCUCCACCUUCCAGCCUCCAUCUUUCAGCCUCCACCUUCCAGCCUCCACCUUCCAGCCUCCACCUCCCAGCCUCCACCUCCCAGCCUCCACCUCCCACCUUCCAGCCUCCACCUCCCAGCCUCCACCUUCCAGCCUCCACCUUCCACCUUCCAGCCUCCACCUUCCACCUUCCAGCCUCCACCUUCCACCUUCCAGCCUCCACCUUCCAUCUUCCAGCCUCCACCUUCCACCUUCCAUCUUCCACCUUCCAGCCUCCACCUUCCAGCCUCCGCCUUCCACCUUCCAGCCUCCACCUUCCACCUUCCAGCCUCCACCUUCCAGCCUCCACCUUCCACCUUCCAGCCUCCACCUUCCACCUUCCACCUUCCAGCCUCCACCUUCCAGCCUCCACCUUCCAGCCUCCACCUUCCACCUUCCAGCCUCCACCUUCCAGCCUCCACCUUCCAGCCUCCACCUUCCACCUUCCAGCCUCCACCUUCCAGCCUCCACCUUCCAGCCUCCAUCUUCCAGCCUCCACCUUCCAGCCUCCACCUCCCAUCUUCCAGCCUCCAUCUUCCACCUUCCAGCCUCCACCUCCCAGCCUCCACCUUCCAGCCUCCACCUCCCAUCUUCCAGCCUCCACCUCCCAUCUUCCAGCCUCCAUCUUCCACCUUCCACCUUCCAGCCUCCACCUUCCAUCUUCCAGCCUCCACCUUCCAUCUUCCAGCCUCCACCUUCCAUCUUCCAGCCUCCAUCUUCCAUCUUCCAGCCUCCACCUCCCAUCUUCCAGCCUCCACCUUCCAGCCUCCAUCUUUCAGCCUCCACCUUCCAGCCUCCACCUUCCAGCCUCCACCUCCCAGCCUCCACCUCCCAGCCUCCACCUCCCACCUCCCAGCCUCCACCUCCCACCUUCCAGCCUCCACCUCCCAGCCUCCACCUUCCAGCCUCCACCUUCCACCUUCCAGCCUCCACCUUCCACCUUCCAGCCUCCACCUUCCACCUUCCAGCCUCCACCUUCCACCUUCCAGCCUCCACCUUCCAUCUUCCAGCCUCCACCUUCCACCUUCCAGCCUCCACCUUCCAUCUUCCAGCCUCCACCUUCCACCUUCCAGCCUCCACCUUCCAGCCUCCACCUUCCACCUUCCAGCCUCCAUCUUCCAGCCUCCACCUUCCAUCUUCCAGCCUCCAUCUUCCACCUUCCAGCCUCCACCUCCCAUCUUCCAGCCUCCACCUUCCACCUUCCAGCCUCCACCUUCCACCUUCCAGCCUCCACCUUCCAGCCUCCACCUUCCACCUUCCAGCCUCCACCUCCCAUCUUCCAGCCUCCACCUUCCACCUUCCAGCCUCCACCUUCCCCCUUCCAGCACCCACCUUCCAGCCUCCUACGGAAAAGUAUUAG